AUGGCGAUUUCGUCUCCGGGUAGCUACCGAUUUCGUCUCAAGGGAGCUGGCGAUUUCUUCUCAGGGGAGCUGGCGAUUUCGUCUCAGGGGAGUUGGCGAUUUCGUCUAAGGGGAGCUGGCGAUCUUGUCUCGGGCACGCUGGCGAUUUCGUCUCAAGCGCACCACAGGCAAUUUCGUCUCAGGCGCACCAUUGGCCAUCUCGUCUCAGGCGCGCCUGAGGCGAUUUUGUCACCUAGUCAGGGCCCGCUGGGUCACGCGCGCCCGCUGGCAGAAAGUAUCUUUCUAUCAGACAAUCCCUUGGACAAUAUGGCCUUCAACAUGUUUCUGGUCGCCGUGAUCAUCUUAUCUUUUGGGGCCGCUGCAAGUGCCGAUGAGCGCUGCACCCCGGCACAGCUCAAGAAAUGCGAUUUUGUCGUGAAGGGCAGCGAGGGCGCCGUCCCCACAAUGACAGUGGAGGCCGUGAACGGCAACCGGAUCCUCUCCAACUCGCCGAUACUGCACAAGAGCGGACAGGCAGUUAAUGCGGCAUAUUCCAGUUUCUGCUCAUUCCUGAACGAAAAGAAGCCGACGGGCGCGUGCGGAAACUACUUCUUUUUCAUGACUCGCAACACCAAAUUGAACACGACGAGCGUUAUCGCCAGCCGCAUGAUUCCCAAGCAAUUUGUUCCCAGUUUCAAGGGCAAGUGCGUGCAGAUAAGGAUCGACAGCGUGCAGCUGAGCCAGACGGGGUGGCUCAACAAUGGCGACAGCAAAAAGGGCUUCCCUCAGGCGCGCCGCUGCGUUCUAAUCAACACUGCUCUCGGCAGUCGUGGGGAGCGCGGGCGAAUGGCGAUCUGCGACCGAUUGGUCGUCGCAAGCGAUCGGCGGCGAGUUUCGACGCGCCAAGAGCGGGCGCGGAACGAUAGCCGCGAGGGCCACCCCUGCGGGAUGGCGGCGAAAUGCACGGCGCGCGGGGACGACGCGGAGCUAGUCGCGGGGAUGGGGGGACCCGCGGAGGUGCUUGGCGCAGCGGGGGGUGGGGAGUCGGAGGGGGGGAUUGCGGUGGAGGGACUGAGGCGCGGUGUGCCGGGGAAGGGGCGCAAUGCGGCGAAGCGGAGCGCGAAGAAGGCCAAGGACUAUGGUUUGGCGCUAGUGGAACUGAAGGGGAAGGAGUUGCAGAGAGUCGUGCGGUGGAUGGAUCUUCCCGAGGAAACGCUGGAGGCAGUGCAGCUCGCACAGGCGGGGGGAAGAACGGGGUGGCGACGCCAGCUUGGCUUUAUUGGGGGUUUGCUGCGAGGGGAAUCAGAAGAGAGGAUGGACGAGGCCAUAGCUGCUGCCAAGUCUGGUGUGGUGCCCUCAUUUGUGAAUGAGGAGAGCCAGGAAGUAGAGGAAGGAAUGGUGGGGAUGGAGGGACAAGCAAAAGCAGUGUGA